UUGGUAUAGGUCCCCUUUGAAGGGAUUGGGCAAGAGCACCCAGGAACGAAAAUACACAGAAAUGUCCAAAAUGAAAUUAAUAAUCAUCUCAAACUCUGCUUAUUCAUUAUUCGAAGUCUUCAUAUCUGAGAAUUAUCUCUGAUUUGUGUAGUUUGCUUUAAAGAAGCGCAGUAGCCUCAUUCGGCUGCACUGUCGCUGUGAUGGGAGUGUUGGGUACCGGUGACUAAAUCCAUUGUAAUCUGAAAUGACUUCAGAUUGCAAUGAAUUUGUGGAUCAAUUGUCUGAUGCUUUAUGCACACCAUGAUUACAAUUACAGUGAAAUUGAACCCCCUGUUUCAGCUCGCCAUCAAUUACUAUGAGUUUUGGGAUGAGAGGCAUGGAAGGAUGGGGGCGUGUUAUCGCCAUGGUUACGAUUCAGGCCAACUUUGUUAUACUCUUCUCAGAAACAUCGUUGUGCAUCAGUGUUAUUUGGAGCGAUGUAUGAAAUGCAUCACAGACUGGCUUUACGCUAUAAGUUUCUGUGUCUCUCUCAGACAUGGAAAAUCAACUUCCCAAUAAAGGAUUUGGGUUCACUGUGAUAACAUAAUUAGAUGUAAUUUAAAGAUUUCCCAUCCUUCAGUUUAAGUAUACCAUUUAACUUUUUCAGGGGGUGGGGUAAACAAAACGUAAAUUAUAUUUUCAACCCCUCACAAACCAUGGCCUCGUUUCCACAUACGUAUGUUUUUCGUAUCCGUACUUCCGUAAAUUUACGGAAGGGGUCGCUAGUGCUUUACGUACGGACAUGAAUUUAUUUACGGACGGAAGAUAAUGGCCGUUUUUCGGAGACCGGUACUGUGGAAUAUGAGGAUCGACAUCUACCGCGAUAAGAACAAAACCAACCAGGCUUGGAAGGAGAUCGGUGAAGAGUUUGGCCUGCCAGAAAAAGACUGUAAAAAAAGGUGGCGCGACCUGAGGGAUCGAUAUGUGAGGGAGAGGAGGGAGGCAUCAGAAACCACAGCCAGUGGCAGCGCUGCGAGCAACAGGAGGCCCUGGUGCCAUGCUGGACUGAUGGCCUUUAUAGACCCCUUCGUGGCAUCCAGGAUGACGACCAGCAACAUGCCAGAGAGUUGUGGGAAUGGUGUGGAUGAGAGUGUGAAUGAGAGUGAGAUUGAGAGUGUGCAUGAGAGUGAACGGGAGGCCUUCUUGGCAGCUACCAACUCCAGCAUGGAAGAUUUUGUGAAUGUGACUGAGAAUGUGAUGAAUGAGACUGUGGCGAAUGAGAGUGUGGAGAAUGAGAGUGUGGUGAAUGAGAGUGUGGUGAAUGUGCAAGUGAAUGCAGGUCGGGCUGCAGGUUCUGCUGUUGCUCCGGGCAGGAAGAGGAGGACUGGAAGGGCAGAGGCACCCAUGCCAGCCUUUGAGCGUAACCUGAUGCUCGCCCUGGAGAGAACAGCUGGCCCCAGUGUCCCUACUAUCCCGGUCGUGGAUGAGGACCACAAUUUCUUGCUCAGCCUCCUGCCAUCACUGCGGCGGCUGGAGCUUAGCAAGAAGGCAUUCUUGAAGCUACAGAUACAUCGCCUGAUGUAUGAGGCAGAGUUUCAAUCUUUUUCAGAAAAAAACUCCUGUGACCUGGUGACUCCUGUUCUUUUAAUUUAAAAUGUUACAGUUCUAUUUUUUUAAAUUAAAUAAAAU